AUGGCCCGUAACCGCCCUGCCGUUGCGAUGCUGCUGAUGACACUUGGUGCGAUGUUGCUAGCAGCACAACCGUCCGGUGCGAUCCGAGCGUGGCGCGACGACGAAGGGUUCCAGCCCCUUGAAGCGCCCGCUAGUGGCGGCAGUGGCGGCAAUGGCGACAGCGGGUCCGUCUACAUCGUGCACCUGAGUUCCGCACCACCCUUGGUUGAAUACCGCGGCAGAAUCACGGGCUACCUUGCCACUGCCACGUGGGACGACGGCAGCAGCGAGAACGACGGGGAUGACGCUGUACCGGAGAUCGAUCUUCAAGACGCCGCUAGUAACGAUGCCGAGCCGGCAGGGCCGAAUGCAGGGUCUUCGACUCGAAGGGCGGCGAAGCAUGAAGCCGUGGACUUGGACGACACUACUACGACUCCUAGCUCUGUCCACAGCGCUGCUGACAUUGCCAAUCAUGCCUGGAACCUCAUCUACAGCUACAAGCACACCUCCAACGGCUUCGCGGCGCGCCUCACCGCGCGCCAGGUGUGGCGGCUGCAGCGCCAUCCCGACGUCGCGUCCGUGACCCCCAGCCGCAUGCUCCGCCCCCAAAGCACCGAUUCGCCCAAGUUCCUCAGGCUCCCAGGGAAGGUCUGGCCGACAGUGGGCGGUCAGAGCAAGGCAGGCUACGGGACUGUGGUGGGGAUUGUUGAUACCGGCAUUUGGACCGAACACUCGUCGUUCAGCAAUCAAGGGAUGAGCUCGAAACUCCCGUCUGGGUGCAAGGGCAAGUGUGAGCAGUCGAGCUCGUUCCGGUGCAACAACAAGGUGAUUGGUGCCCGGGCUAUCUACGCCGCGUUCGGCUCUCCCUCGCUGCAAAGCAACUGGCUGUCGCCACGCGACGGCAACGGCCACGGCACGUGGUGCGCGGGCGCCGCGGCGGGGAACCCCGUGAGCAUGCAAGGUGGCGGGCAGAUGAGCGGCAUGGCGCCUGCAGCUCGUCUGGCAGUGUACAAGGUCUGCUGGUCGCGCAGCAACGGAGGUGGUGUGUGCAACGGAGUUGACAUCGCGGCGGCCAUUAAUCAAGCCGUGGCGGACGGAGUGGAUGUGAUCUCCAUCUCUCUAGCAGGCGUGGAUCCGAGCUAG